GUUACCGCCGGCUGAAAGACGCAAUUACAAGCAUGCUCUAGAUGGCGUGCUCCGAGUGGUUCGCGAAGAAGGUUUAACCAAACUUUUUAACGGAGCAGCAAUGGCCACCUCAAGAGCCGUUUUCAUGACCAUUGGGCAAUUGUCAUUUUACGACCAAAUUAAACAAACGCUUAUUAGCAGCGGCUAUAUGAAAGAUACACCAACUACUCACUUCUCUUCCUCAUUUCUUGCGGCCUCAAUUGCGACUGUUUUAACUCAGCCGCUGGAUGUAAUGAAGACGAGGAUGAUGAAUGCGAAGCCUGGCCAAUUCUCUGUAAGUUGUUUUUUAACAAUUUUAUGCAUUUUUGAUACACUUUUUCUCCUUUUCCUAGUUCAACUGCUGUUUUAUCGUCUCCUUUCCUUCUUGAUUCAAUACAACUGGUAUUUUUGUAAUUUUGGUAGCUCAUUUCUGUGCGCUGGUCCGCAUGGAUGA